AUGACGAAUUCGGCGAUUUUCACUGCGGAUGAAUAUGAGAAGGCGCGGGAGCAGUUUGCCGAUGAGAUGUUCGUGCUAAAGAAGAAGUCUGCUGUGGUUCACAACGACGCCGCUCGUUCUCAAAGCCCUGAAAAGCGAAUGACUGAUGCUACAGACCGCGCUCGACAGAGCUUCCAUAAGAUGUUGUACGGAUCAAGAACGUCAAGAUCAUCAGCUGCGACGGACGACAAGUUAAAGACUGACUGCGAGUGGGAGCUAAGCAGCUACUUGAAGCAGUCGAGCGAGGCGGAGGUCAAAGAUCCCGACAAGCCCCCAUCGGCCUUGUCGUGGUGGAAGCAGAACCAUUCAAAAUUUCCGACUAUUGCUGUUCUUACUCGCAAGUGA